ACAUUUUCUCUUGCACGCCUAGAGGAUCCGAAUUCCACUCCCGAGUUGGAGGCCCGAAUGCCCCCUCCAGAGUAUCAAAGCGCUGACAUGGGUCGUAAAUGGGCCGACAAGCGUCUUCUUCCCACCUACCACUUGAACGAACGCGGCCGCAAAGUUCUCGCUGCUGUACUCCACGAUAUCGCCAAAGCCCGUCCAGCGACAUACUACGCACCCCAUGUCUGGCCUAUUUGCGCCAUUCUCUUGCACUACCACCAUGAGAGGAUCGCGGAAACAGGCAAUAUCUGGCUGGCCAAUCGUUCUGCGCUCGCGGCACUGAAAGUAAAAGGAAGGAUGUUGGAUUCUAAGUCAAAGAGAUAUGAAAAAGCGCUUAGGAUUGAUGAAACAAAUAACUGGAUGAUAGCUGUCUUUAAUUUUCCCUUUGAGGUCAUGGUCCCCUUGAUGGAUAACUUCAUAACGGAAGGAUUUAAGAUGCUAUUUAGAGUCGGUCUCGUGGUAAGUUAUAUGCACUUGAAAGUGUCAUUUACUUGGGUUUUAUUCGUACAAAUUUAUUCCCUGCUAUUAUCCAUACUUGAUGGCUGUAUAACUCAUUCAAUUUGCAAAUUGUCUGAUCUUGAAUUUAAUAAUUGGUUCGAAAAAUUAACUGAUUUGGAUUACUUUAUGCUGCUUAUGUCUGCAUUUUUGCCUGCAGAUAUGGCCAAUAUCAGGCAAUGUUUGUUUAAUGGGUUUAAUGAUAUCAGCAAUCUUGAACCGACAUGA